GUCAAAAACUGAUAGUAUUGACAUGGAGUUAUUGACGGGUCUUGGCUGUUUUUAAACCUCUGAAGUAUCCUCAAGGUGCUUUACAGACCGUUUUGUGGGUGUGUAGACGUGGACCUGGCAACAGUGCGUCCAGGGAGACGCUGUCGUCAUGACGACCAUGAAACAUUUAGCACCCUGAAAGGCUGCUACUGUCAGUAUCUCAAACACUGGCUAAUUUAAGUGUUGCAUCAAAUUCAGCAGGUUGAAAACAAGAACAGAAAACAAACUGCGCUGAUGUCCUCACAUGCUAGGAAAAGUACACCCGAGUCAGAAAUGGAAGCAGCAUGCAAAGCACAGAAAUCAGGAGGGGAAACGUUGGAACUGUGUGGUGCGAAGCAGCUUCCAGAGAGCACCAACUGCCUUGCAUGCUCUGAAGACGGCACAUACCUCAGUCUGGGUCACUCCCGGGGCUUGUCUGUUUGGUGUGCAUCUUCUCUGAUCUGUGCUGCAGACUGGCUGGAGGACAGGCUGGAAAUUACUUCUAUUCAAAUGACCAGAAUGGCUGAGAGGGCUUAUCUACUCAGCACUAUUGAUGAUAUGGGUGUUGCCAGGGUCUUUGCAUACCACUAUGAUAGCAUUCACCUCCUCAGUGUUGUUAACAUUAUGGAAGAUAUCAACAAGAGGAGCAUUUGCUUGUCUUUUGAACUAUCUGAAGGGGGACAUUAUGGAGCUGCAUCAAUCAGUUGCAACGGCGUUGUUUGGCUCGAAGUCUAUCACCUCCCUUCAGAGACCUGGCUGAAAGAGUUAGAGAUGGCAGCAUCACAGACACAGGAACCAAACUCUUCUGGAGACGUGGAUGUGAAAUUUUCUCCAUUGUCAGUAGCAACUAAAAUCAAGCCACCCAAAGUUCCAGCGGGGAUGGGAUUGAACAGUCCACACGAGGUGCAGACGACAGACUUUUUGAUACACUAUUUGGCUGUGGACGUAGACACCAGGAGUCGCCAAUGGGAGGAGCACUUUUUCAACACAGGAGGAGAAAAAACUAAAGGAAGAACCAGUGAAAGCCCCAAACAUUGCACCCAGCACUUUCUUUUGCCUUGCAUUCAGUUUCCUGGAGACAGUAAAGCAGAGACUCAGCCAGGAUUGCCUGUUGCUGUCUGUGUGUGGUGGAGUGGCAGUCAUAAUCUUUUUCAGUAUUUGCUGCAAAAAGCACCAAAGAACAAACCAGAUGUUGAACCCAUGCCAGAUGUUUUGUGGCCAAACGCAAAGGAAAUCCUCUGUUCUGCUGUCAGCAGGUGUACCCGUUACAUAGCUCUCGGGCUUGAUAAUGCUUUGGUGUGUGUCUGGGACAGGCAAUCUGGGUCUCCAUUGUCUAUUGUCUCAAUGCCUGCAACGGAGAGUGCCUUAUUCAGGAUGCAGUUUGUGGAUGAUGGACCUGUGUCUACUGAUGACUCCCAGACUUUACCUGAAGCAGAGGUCCAUCUUUUGGUGGUGUGUAAAAGUGGAGCAAUUCACACAGUCACCACAGGAAGAGGGACACAAUCCUGCACGAUGUUGCUCACUGAAAGGCCAAAAGACAGUGGGGACUUCCCAGCUACCACUGCAUCAGUCCCAUUCCUGCAGAGCUUGUUCCUUGAAGUGCAAAGAAAUGGAAAAAUGUUCCUCCAAGACGGCAUCAACAAAACCACUGUGUGCCUCUUGAUUCUUCCCAAAACUCAUCUGAUUGCCACUCCCUGCAACCCUGUUUACACUCUGAACAUCAAACAGCAAACUCUGUUCAUACGAGGUGAUCAGCACCCCAGCUACAGAGAGUCCUCUGAAGAGGACAGCCAGAGUCAGCUUUUCAUCUUCUGUUUUGAAAAGUCUGACAUCCUUAAGCAGUACAUUGUUUCACCUCCAGAUUCUCCACAACAAAAAACACUGAGUUUUGUCACUCUGGAGGAAACCUGCAAUCUCUACCUUCAACAAAGAGCGUUGUCUGUGGAUGAAAGGAACAAAGCUAUCACACAAACGUGGAAGCAGCUACAGGAAACUGCUAAGAUGGCACAACAGAGACACAGCAGAGCUGCAGAUAGCUGAAGCACUGCAACCAUUGGUACAGGCAUGUAUCAUUUAUGUAGCAAUAACACGGAUUUGAGGUAUGGAUCCUGAAUUUGGCUGACUUUGUUUCCUGUGUUGAGUUAGGCAACAUUUGUAUGUGUGCUGCUGGAAGGCCAUCUCAAAUGUGCAUUUUUAAAGGUUGAGUGUAUUCAGGCUAUUUAUGAUUGGGCUGAACUCAGUCAUGGCACGUUGGCAUUUUGUCACCUUUAGGGUCUUUGAAUGUUUCAUAUGUCAUGUUUCUAAUGUCAGAGGACACAAAAAAGGACAGGGUGCAGAGAUUUAAAAUGUUUUAGAUGCUGUCAUACAACAGGCUGCUUUUCAGGCUUAUGUGUACAUGAGAAAAAUAGAGACCAGUGGGCAGCAUUAGUAGCUCCAGUUCUAUGUCUGACAUUCAAAUACAAGGGAGCAUAAUCAACUGUUGUCCAUAUUGUCCAUAUUUACUGAAUACCAGGGUUAUAGUAAAUUUGAUUUUCUUUAAUCAGUGAAAUGAGCAUUAUUCCUGAUUGGCAGCCCUCCUUGAAUUUAGAUUGGUGACAGAGCAAUAAUUCUUGGGCCAGAAUGUACUCAUGGUGUUCUUUUCUCACAGCUCUUUUUAGCUCUCUUGGCACAGAAGAAUUUAUCUACAUUGUUGCAUCAUUUGUAUUCUAUCUUCGCUAGUCGUAUCAGAUCGUACUGUGGCGUCUCUCUUUGAAAGGGAACUGACACUGAUUUUAAUAUCUGCUUGAAACAUAAUUUGAAUUUGUAAAAGCUUUACUGAGGGCUGAUGCCAAAAGGAUGCACGUCAUUGAGAGACUAAUGAAAGCACAGGUGCUGGGAAAACAAAUCUGUCAGUAAGAAUACAGCAGUGGCUUGUUAAAUUAAACUAAGCACCUACAAUGAAGAGGCGACUUCGCUCCUUAUCUCUGUUUACUGAUGAAUUUGCUGCUAUGCUCAUUUGAGUUUUCACCUGCCCCGUUUUAUUUUAUUCUUUAGUGAUCACUUACUUGUGGCAUUUUCAUCAACUCACUGGCAAGAGCUAAGUACAAACAAAACUGCAUCUGAAAAUUGU